AUGGUGCGGGAAGGGGAAGGGGACUUUCACUCCUGUCAGAGUUUCAAAUCUCAGUCCCCCGGCCCUGACUCUGUGACUCUCUCCCCAGUGGACGUGACGCUGGAUCCAGACACGGCUCAUCCCCAACUCGUCCUGUCUGAGGAUCGGAAACGUGUGAGACUCGGAGACACACGCCAGGAUCUGCCCGACACCCCUGAGAGAUUUGAUCCUUGUCCCUGUGUGCUGGGCGCCGAGGGGUUCAUGGGCGGGAGGCAUUACUGGGAGGUGGAGGUGGGAGACAAGACAGGCUGGGAGCUGGGGGUUUGCAGGGAAUCUGUGAGCAGGAAGGGGAACAUCACACGCACACCUAAGAAUGGAUACUGGGUCAUGGUACUGAGGGACGGGGGGUACAAGGCCCUCACCUUCCCCUCACCCCGCCUCUCUGUGAGCACCAGGCCCAGCCGGGUGGGGAUUUUCCUGGACUAUGAGGCAGGCAAGGUCUCAUUUUACAAUGUGACUGACAGGUCCCAUCUCUGCACCUUCACCGGCACCUUCUCCGGGACGCUGCGCCCCUAUUUCAGUCCUGGUAACAACGCCGGGGGCUCCAACGCGGCUCCCCUGACCAUCUGCCCAGUGCCAGCCCAGGCUGGAGGGAAUCCCUGCCCCUGACAGUGACCCCACGGCACCGACUGGCCCCUCCCAGCGCUGCGGCUCUUCCCCCAGGGCAGGGCCGGUUACUGCAGGUCCCUGGAUGUUUUGUGCCAACUGGUCACUGCCCCUUUCCCUUUGCAACUGGAGCCUCCAGUAGAAAUUGAGACACCUGGCAGCUUAGCCCAGACUGGGUGAAUGGGAUCCCCUGGCUGGAAGCAGCCCAGGCAGCUUUUCUCCCCUGCUCCAUGUUUGCACCAGUCCAGCAUAAGGUGAUGCUGGUAAGAAACGUGGCCUGACAGCGGGGGGGUUUGCUGCCCUCCGCUUGCCCCAUAGCCUGCCCCAGGGGUAGCAGAUGGUGCGGGAAGGGGAAGGGGACUUUCACUCCUGUCAGAGUUUCAAAUCUCAGUGUAAAACAUGAAAGAAAAAAUGUUUAGAAACUGUUGUUAUAACAAGGUGUCCACACAAGAACCUUUUCCUUUACAUUUCAGCAGCUUUUUAUAAAAAAAUCUAUUCUUAGAAAUAGAAUUAUUGACCUUUAUUCUUCCCUCACAUCAAUAUCAGCAUUUGAUGUGUUUACAUUUGUGUACAUCCUUUGUAUGUCAGCUGCAGCACUUCAAGAAAUCCAAAACAUUUAUCCAAAACCCAAUUAAUUAUUGCACUGUUCAGUGACACAUAUGUGCGGCUGCUCCCUCGCUCUCUUGCCUUGACAGGCUCUCUCUGUAAAGACUUAUAGACCCCCCCCACCACCACCACCUGCACUGCACCUUUGAGCACUCAUAGGUGAAAAAACCACAGAAUGAAUUAACCAAUCUUGUUAGAUUCACACAAUUUUGUAACAUUCUUUGAACAUUAAUUCAUGCAAUUUUCAACUUUCUAGCUGCAUAUCAUUGGUAAUCAAGACAUGGCCCCUCCUUGCCUGCUCCUGCAUCAAUUAAUACCACACAGUCCCCAAUCUCACAUCCUGUCUUCCUCACCAUAGAAAUCUCUGCUGCAAUAUCCUAUUUUUAGUUUAUUUUUCUUUAGAAAUUGUAUUUGUAGCCAAUGUACUGUCAGUGUCCACUGUCGAUUUCAGUGCAGCCUCGGGCUGUUUGUGUCCUUGGAUAUAAAGACACAACAAAUGUAGUUUGGUGACAAAAUAGAGAAGGGAUCCUUUUACUGAGUCAUCACAAAUUAACGUAAUUGUAUGGAAGAUGCUGGCACAUAAUGACACACACCAUGGAGUUUGGUGAAGCUUGCUUUCUUCCCAGCCAUAAAUCAGUCGAAAGGAUGAUACAUUUGUUGUCAUACGUUUAGAGUACAUUUUCACAGCAGUGUUCUUUUGGAAUAACUGGCGUUAUUCCAAAAUAACGAUCUUGUCUACACAGCAAGCCGCUAUUUCAAAAUAAUGUUGAGCUGGAGGACUUCUUACUAC